AUGCCGGGCGUGGAAGUGACGGGGCCGUCGGAGGAUUUCCAAUCAUUUGAACGGCCACUUUUAAGGUCUCACAAGACGCUUCCUCGGCGGGGUGUAAUUGUUCCUAGCAUCGAAGUCAUCCAACCAGUUUCCUCGGAUCAAGAUGAGAAACAUACUGCGACGCCGUCGCUUCCCUUGACACCGCCGGGUGCAGCCCACGAAGAACUCGUUGACGUACGAACGCCCCAGAAAAUGAAUUCUUCUCUGCCAGAAAUACCGACAUCUGGCAUGUUGACCCCUCGCCGUCCCUCUAAGCCUCCGACCCCGGAUGUCACGCCGCCUCAAACGAACUCGAAUAAGCGACCUGCUUUGAACCAAUUUAGUUAUUUCUCAUCGUCGUCCCGAGCCGAUUCAUUCCAAACGGCCUUGGAGAGUAUCUCACCAGGAGAAGAUAUGGUCACCCCGGUCAACAUAUCUCAGACUGUGACCCCGACGGCAAAACAAAGAAGGCAGCCAUCAAAGCCACACGCCUCAAAUGAAUAUCUUUCAGACUUGUCAAAUACAAAAAAAUUCCCACCACCUGCUUCUCAACGAGAGGGCGAAACUGAAUGCGACACAAGAUUCGAGUCUUUUGAUGGGCAUUGGGCCGCAAAACCGAUCGAUGGGUCGCCAACACCGUUAGCUGGAAAGCGAAAGUCUGCCCAGAACCACACUCAAUUGGCCUAUAGCCCAGUCCCUGGUAGAGAAGCGUUGGAUGUAAAGCACUUGGAUGCGUCUUUGAUGAGAGAAAAAAGCUUACGGGACCGCGUCAAUGGUGCGCAUGAAGCUGAAGCAAGUACCCCAAUCGAACACUUCUGUGAGAAUAUUGGGUCAUCAUCAUCGGAGGGUCUAGCAAGGCUCAGUGGACCAGACAUCCGUCCUUUGUCAACCAUCUCCUCGACAUCCACCGUCGAGGCUAUGAUCAUCGAUACUCCCAAACAAGCCCAACGAAUGCUCCGGCAUACUGAGAAGAAAAGCUCUCUGCGGUCUGUCAGCUCUCCCAUAACAAGAUCUGAACGUACAUCUUAUGGCUCCAUCCCUGAAUCCCAGCACCGCCUAGUCCACAAGGCUGCUCGUAUUUCCAACCAGGAUUUCCGAAGCAGCACACCGGAGACGUCGUUCUCGGCCAAGACUAGCAACAGUGUAAUACAGCCCAAUAUCGAAACUAUCAACGUGGUGGUCAUACCGGAAAGGACUUCAUCUCUCAAGUCCCGUCCAAACAGUCAUGCUUCUUCUAGACCUGGCUCUCAGCGAUCAACCCGUCGUCCUCCGACAGCAUCAACGGGCCGCACAGAUAUUCCAGGGCAGAAGAAACGUAUUGUGUCUGAUUCAGUGUCAACUCGGUCUCGCGAGACCGAUCCCAGGGGUCGUCCCAUGGUGCGGCCUGUCAUUCCACCCCGGGGCUCUUCACUUUCUGCGCCGACGAGUCGGAACAAUUCUCGCACGGCCUCUCUCACUUCUAACAGCCUGCGAAGUCGUCCCACAGAUCGUCCCGUCAUACCACCACGAAGCUCGUCGCUUUCUGCGCCAACGAGUCGGAACAAUUCUCGUGCAGCUUCUCUCACUUCCGACAGUCUACGAAGCCAUGACUUAGCCAUGGACCUCGAGGUGCACAAGAGUCGUGAGAACCAGCCAGUGUCCCCGCCUCGCCACAACGUUUUGGCUUCGCCUGAUCGCCAUGGCCUACUCGAAGCUCCCAAUAUGCACACCCUUUUUGCUGGCUCAGAUGAUAUGGCAACCCUGCGUCCUCCCUCUUUGCCUUUUACCCAAGGCUCAAUUCCAUCAUCUUCGCCAGGGCCCAUCGAAAUUCAAGAGGCCACAGCCGUCAGUCUGUUCGCACACAAUAACCGAUCACUGCUGCUUGUUGACCCUCGGGUACAGGCCUCCUCAAGAGACCCUUUCCAUGCGUUUGGAAUUUCAUAUGAUCUUCCCCAACCCCCUCGUACACCCAACAAUGCACCGCAGAUCGCAACAUUCAAUGCCGACUCACCUUUAAAGAACCCUCGCACCCCGCCCAAGCCACCAUCUGCCAGGCCUCUUCCCUCGAUUCCAUUACAUGAAGCUCAAGAUGACAACAAAGGUCUUGGUCGACGAUGGAGUUCCGUCCGUCGUACCUGGAGUGCACGCCCUCGGUCGGAUUCCUUCAACAAUAUAGCGCGGUCAUUUUCCAUGAAGUCAGCCAAGAACCGAACCGCAGGAAUGGAAAUGGACAGUCGUUUAUAUCCGUUUUGGCGACCCCGCGGGUUCUGGGAGGACGUGCCGGAGUCCCCAGAGAAAGAAAUCUCACCGACGCGGCAAUCUUUGCCACGUCCAGAUGAAUCCUUGAUUGUAAACAACUCUCUAGGCUUGCCACAGCGGCGCAUCAUCUUUGAUGGCCCACCUGCUCUGGCACGUCGCAGCCCAGAAAUGAGACGCCUGUUCAAUGGAAUGACCAGCAAUGGUAGCUUGGUUGAUCCGGGCAUGUUCCGAACAGGAUCCCCAUUAAACCCGGGUCGCUUCCGGUCUCUUUCUCGUUGGGGACUGCGGCUCCAGUCGAUGUCAUGGCGUAAUGUGCGGAAUCGCCUGCGCCGUGUGCGCCAGCGACGAGACGAGAGAAAACGGGCUGUCCGGAGGGAAGCCCUCAAGCAGAGCAUUGGUGGCCCUGUCUAUGUGGCAUCUAGUGCUACAGCCGAAGUGGCCAUGAGAUAA